AUGCCACUCCUCCACCCACUGUACCUCCUCCCCCUCCUCCUCCCCCUCGCCUACACCCAAACCACCACCAAGUCCGGCACAAACGUCAACGGCCAGUACUGCCCCGGCGCAGCUCUUGGCGCUUCCAUCAACGACGGCGUCGCCAACGGCGGAGCGUGCUGCGUCGCCGGCACGAUCUAUCUCUCCGACUGCCCCGGCUGGCCCAUCUGUACUGGGCCCACCACUUCGGUGCCCCCACCACAGUGUUCUGAGACCAUACCAUUGACGGCGUCUGACUAUAGUGCGCGGGUUAGCUCCGCGGUAGCGAGUCUCAGCAGUCAGGGAAUUAUCUAUGUCAGUAAUGGCGGCGAGUGA